AUGCUUCAACGGCUAUUCAUUCCCGCUGUUCUCUUCACUAUUGCACUCUCACAACAAACCACACCCAGCAGUGACUGUCCAAGUGAUUUCGUUCAGUUUCGCAACAAAUGCUACAAGCUUUUCCAAAAUCAAGGGCUCACCUGGGCUCAAUCCGAGGCAACCUGCAAUGAUCUCGGCGGAAAUCUCGUUUCAAUUCAUGACAAUGAGACAGACAACUUUAUCUUGCAAUACACCAGACAACAGUAUCUCCGGACGGCAGCUUGGAUUGGAGUGAAGAAUCCGGGCACUGGUGUCUAUUGGAGUGACAACACUGCGGUGGACUUCAAGAAUUUUGCUCCCGCUCAAGACAAUCCCCCGAUUUGCUUCGGUUUCUCGGUUGUCGAUUUCUACUAUCCAGGACAAUGGAUUCCACAGUCUUGCUCCGCUAUCAUGUCGUUUAUUUGCGAGAAACCACUCGGCGUCCCACCCACCACCGUCAAUCCGUUCACCUGUGGAGCGCCCACAUAUUUUGGCAACAAUGGAACGAUCCAAUCACCCGGCUAUCCACAAGUUUUCCACAAGGUCGAUUGUUCAUGGCAGAUCAACGCAUUCAACAAUUUUGUCAACAUCGAAUUUCCACCAAUCAAAGCAUCGGGCUAUUGGUAUCUGGAUAUCUACACUGGGACAACCAGAGACUACCAAAAUUCGCUUUACUCGACAACGAAUGACAAACCUUUCAACGAGACACUGAAAAUUUCAUCACCAACUCCUCAGAUGUUGGUUCGACUUCUCACCGAUGACCCGGACGACAUAAACCCAUUCGAGUUCCACUAUUCGGGCACCGAUUCUCCUCUAUACGUGAAUCCAACUCCACCAUCGAGAAUCAUGAAAUUUCAACCAAAAAAA